GUAGAUCGUCAGUCGAGUUUCUAGUCAGACUCAGGAAAGGGAGUCGAGAAGCCGUCGAAACGAGGAGCUCAACUUGAACAUAAAAGAAGGCCUCUGUUCCGUCCAAAUCACAACCUUUCUCUUUCUCCUCACCACCAACAACCAGUUCAAUCUUCUAUCACUCUCAAGCAUCUCUCACUCUUCCAUCUUUCGCUCUCUCAGCACCACUUUCGCUCUACUACACAUUUCAGUCUUCACACUUCUUUUUCAAGAACCACCACCACCCACCCCAACAAUCAAAAUGCAGUUCACCAUCGCCACCAUCAUUGCCUUCGCCGCCGCCGCUCAGGCCGGUCCCCUCGCCAUCCGCGAUGUCUGCAACUCUGCGCCUUCCGGCCCUACCACCGCCAACGUCGAGCCCCGCUCCCAGCCUGCCGCUGCCACCGCGGACGCCUGCCAAAAGCUCUGCGAGGCUGACUCCGGUUGCCAGUCCUUCGUCUUCGGCCUUCCUCCCUCCGGCACUACCCCUCUCUGCUACCUCUAUGCCGUUCCGGCUUCUCAGGUCCCCAAGCAGUCCAACACCAACCUGAUGGUCUUUGACAAGGCUUGCACCAGCGUCCCCACCGUCGCUCCCACCCAGACCAACACCGGCCAGCCCAAGAAGCGCGCCAACGUCUGCGGCGCCGCCCCUGCCGGCCCCGCGACCAGCAGCCCCACCCCUCUCCUGAGCCGUGAGGAUAUCACCACCCAGGACGCCUGCUUGGCUCUCUGCAAGCAGACCACUGGAUGCCAGGCCAUCGAGUUCGGCAAGCCCUCCGCCAACGAGCCGGUCCAGUGCCGCCUCUUCAACGUCCCGGCUUCCAGCCUGCCCGCUCCCACCAACGGCCAGACCUUCGUCGCCUUUGACAUUGGCUGCUAA